UGUUGACUCGCUAUGGCGCAAAAAAAUAUUUUAUUUUUCUCGAGAUCGACAUUCCACGUUUACAAGUGAGUCAGACCGGAUGCCUGGAGUGCGCAUGUUUAAAAACCGUAGCAACGACAAUUUGACAAGAACCUGCUGGUCACAUAAACACAAUGGCGGAAGUUGAGGAAACAUUCAAAAGGAUCCAGUCCCACAAAGGUGUAAUUGGAGUGAUUGUGGUAAACUCAGAAGGUAUUCCCAUAAGAAGUACACUAGAUAAUUCCACAACUGUGCAGUAUGCUGGUCUGAUCAGUCAGCUGGCAGCCAAAGCCAGGAGCACUGUUAGAGAUAUUGAUCCAAGCAAUGACCUGACAUUCCUUAGGAUAAGAUCAAAAAAGCAUGAGAUUAUGGUUGCCCCAGAAAAUGAAUAUUUGUUGAUAGUAAUCCAGAACCCAGAUGCGGUGUAAUUGAGUUAUUUCCAUUUGGAUGUUCAUCACGACUAGGUCUGACAAAGAAUAUCUUCUCAUCUGUAUCCAGUCUCCCCACGAUUGAACAGGGACAGGACUAUUAAUGCCACAUUUUACAAAUUCUCUGUUAACAAUGUUCAGUUUUUUGUGUUAUGUACAGCAAUAGACAAUUAAUGUUUGUUUCUGGAAGAAUUUGACUCAUUAUUUAAUUCAUGUGAAUUUAUCAAGUAAAAGAUGUACAGCUCU